AUGGACAUCAAUGAAAUGGACGAGUUGGAAGAGCUUCAACUAUAUGCAAUGUAUAUGUGCUACUUUUUUGUAGUGAAUGUUAUAAUCAUGGCAUGUGCGAUAAGGCACCGUGCUCUUAGAAAUGGUGUCAUUGAACAUGCGAUUGACUCAACAUCUACUAGGCGACACAAACAACUUGACUAUCUCCAACGUGUAAUUUAUGAAAGUGAUGUAAAAUGCAUUGAUAAACUACGCAUGGACCGACGUAGUUUUUAUCGAUUAUGUCAACUAUUAAGUACGACUGGUGGGCUACGAGGCACGAAAAAUGUCAUGGUUGAAGAAAUGGUUGCGAUGUUUCUGAACAUUCUAGCACACCAUGUAAAAAAUAGGAUAAUCAAAUUUGAUUUCAUCAGAUCUGGUGAGACAGUUAGCAGACAUUUUCAUGCCGUCUUAAAGUCAACCAUACUCUGCCAUAGUGUCUUGUUGAAAAAACCAGAACCCAUCCUAGAAAAUUCAACUGAUUAUACAUGGAAGUGGUUUAAGAAUUGCCUUGGAGCAUUGGAUGGAACUCAUAUUAGAGUGAAUGUGCCAAAAGUCGAUCGAGCAAGAUAUCGAUCAAGAAAAUCUGAAAUAACUACUAAUGUACUCGGUGUCUGUAGUCAAGAUAUGCAAUUUAUAUAUGUCUUAUCUGGCUGGGAGGGUUCAGCUCAUGAUGGCCGAGUUCUUAGGGAUGCAAUAACAAAGCACAAUGGAUUAAUGGUUCCAAAUGGAUUUUACUAUUUGGUGGAUGCUGGAUAUGCAAAUUGCCCUGGAUUUCUUGCGCCUUUUCGAGGACAACGAAAAGAGAUGACUGAAGAUCCUGCAGAAAAUGAACUUGAGCUUCUGCAUUCGGAGGAGGACAUGCAAGAUGAUACUGAGAAUAUUACAGUUGUUGAUCCAACAGAUGAGUGGACCCAAUUUAGAGUUGACAUGGCUACAAAUAUGUUUAAUAGUUGGAGAUCAAACUAA